AUGGCGUCCUUCAUGGCCCCCUUCCCGCGCAUUUAUUUUUGCUACUUUGAGCCGUUACUCCUUUGCUAUGGUGGCCUUUCACUCAUCAUCAACCCGGGCCACUACACGGCUGCACUCUUUGGAGAUCUUCCAUCAUCCGACGUAGAUUAUCUACCCACAGAAAAACUCGCCAGCUUGAAUCUUGGCUUUAUGAUGCUACUGGUUGGUGUUUUGGUCGCCGUCGUCAUGUUCACGUGCGAGAACCGACGCACCGCCCACCUUGUUGCCCUAGCCCUGAUGCUCUCUGACAUUGCUCACUGGGGCGCCGUUGCUGCCGUCUUGGGACCGGCUGGCCCUGCUGCAAUUGAGGUUGCAAACUGGACCACGGAGAUGAAAGGACACAUGUUCGGCCCCGUAGUGGCUUUUUCUAUCAAGUUGGCUUAUCUCUUGGGCUGGCUUGGCGACGACCUGCCGGCUGUCAAAGGCAAAACCCAAUGA